CUCAGUUGAUAUUGAACUUGUGAUGCUAGCAUCAUUGAUAUUAGUGUUAUUUUCAGGAAUCUUAUUACCGUGCUUUUGUUUGAAAUAUGACUUGAUUUAUUCUACAGAAAAUACGAGUAUUACACAUUCCGGUGACGAAUUAUGGAACGAACACGUGCGCAAAAAGCGUUAUGCCAUCUUUCCCGAAGGAAGUACAUUUACAGUGGCCCUUUGUGUCACUGUGAAAUUACUUACUCCCGAUUCCGAUAUAUUUACCGAAGCUAUUAACUGGUCAUUGACGUACGACUUACCGGAAAAUGUACAAGAUUAUGAUAAGAAUUUAUACGGAUAUUCACCUCCGGUGUUAAUGAGAAAGAAACGUUCUGCUUUGUACAAAAAAUUUGAAGUUUUUAUCAAUAAAUACGGAUACAAUGGUCGAGCUUGUAUAUUACGAUCACUUUGCGAAGUUACGCAGUUGUUACCUGAAAACGACGGUUUCCUAGAAGCUAUCAUUAAAUUACUUUUAAAAAUGCCACUACAAAAAGUAACUGAAUUUGAACCGGAUGAACAUUUCGAAUAUGAUUCCGCAUAUCGAACAGGCUUUAAUCGAAAUAAUCAAUGUCACGAAUUAUUUUCUUCUUGUUCCAUUUCCAUCUUAAACAUUUUAUUUGAUUUACAACCAAGCCUAGAGGAGGGAUAAUUUUUUAAUUUUCACCAAGUAUAAUAAUACAAAAUGAGUGGAAAAUACAAAUAAGGUGUACCUACCUAAGUAAGUAUGUACUUACGUGAAUAAUUAGGCGUCUACAUUGUCAUGACAUGUGGAUUUCUACUUACUUUGACAAUAUUAUGUAAUGCGGUAUUAUUACAUUAAUUAUACCUUGUGCAUUACUUCUACCUACUACCUAGUACAUACACAUUUUACUGUUGUUACUGAUAUUACCUACGAGUACUGUAUGAAUAAGUUUGAUUUUUUUCUCUCUUUAAAAUCACGUAGAUACGUAGUUUGUAGUUGUAUGUAUGUACUAUGAAGGUAGAAGGUACCUAAUAAGUGUAAUAUCGCCACCUAUCCAUAGUACAUAUCUAUCUACUUACAUAUGCAGUAUGCACCUAUGAAGACGUAUGAUUUUGCUUAUUCGUACAUGCAAUUUAUGUAAUACGGUUAAAAAGUCUCAAAAUAAUCAACUGACGUUAUAACAGCAUAUUAAAAAUACCUAACUUAA